AUGGAUCCAUUCGGUGCCAAAGCCACAGGGACGGCCUGUAUCAUGGCCACGUUACUGGCAGUCCGGGCCGCGAAGAAGCGUACACUGACCACCACCGGAGCCGUCACGGGCUUCGUUGUUGGCUUUCUUUUAGUCGCCACUGGCCUACGAGGACUGACGCUCUUUUUCUUUUAUCAGCUAGGCUCCUGGGCUACCAAGUACAAAACGAUACGAAAGCAGCAGUUGGAUGCGACCGCGUCGGAUUCGGCCGUUCGCGGACCCACACAGGUGCUUGCGGUUAGCCUUGUGGCCGUACUACUCUCUCUGAUGCAUGCGUACAUCUGCGGGGCGGAACGGGCUAUCGUGUUCCACGUCAAUAGUAGAAACGACAACGACUUUAUCACCAAUUUAAGCAGUCAUCUUACCUUGGCCGUUCUCGCUCACCACGCUACGUCGUUGGCAGAUACCUUGGCGAGUGAGCUUGGGAUCCUUUCCAAGGCACCCCCUUUUCUGGUCACUCAACCGUGGCGAAGCGUGCCGCCUGGCACAAACGGAGGGGUAACCUGGAUGGGAACGAUUUGGAGUGUGGUCGUCUAUGUGGAAUACUAG